AGGCUGCAGCUGAAAUGGGCAAAAGUCACCAAAUCUGCACUGAAAUCACACCAAAAGAUCUGAAAAGCCCCCGUUUCCGUGUGAAAGUCACCAAAUUGGCAACACUGAGCCUGAGCCUGGAAGCAGCUGGAUCCCUCCCUCCCUUCCUUCCUUCCUUGGAGGACUACUCUUCUUCUUCUCCCUCGGACUAGCCCCCAGCCAUGUUCACCCAGCAGCACUUCCAGCAGCAACUGCUGCAGCUCCAGCACCUCCUCCAGCAGCAGCAACAACCACAACAACCGCCGCCAGCGCCACCCCAGCCUCCCCCGCAGCAGGCGCCUCCUGGCCGAGGUGUGACCCCAUCCCAGCAACAGCAGAUGCUCAAUAUGCGGGCUACUGGCCAAGCGUCGCUUCUCAGCGCCAAUCCCUUGAUACAGCGGGCUCUGCUCAUCCAGCAGAUGCAAGGUAACUUGAGAGGUUUUAACAUGGCGACCGCCCCUGUGUUGCAGCAGUUCUUUCCUCAGGCAACAAGGCAUUCCCUUUUGGGUCCCCCUCCUGUUGGGGUCUCCUUAAAACCUGCUCGCUUGGCUUUCCCAGGUCUGCCAUUUCAGUGGCAGAAUCGGACUUUUCGCAAGGACUUCCCAAGGAUUCCUGAGAGGAAGCGGGAGGCAGACUCUUCAUCCUCAUGCCCUCAAAGCCAAGGCACGGAUGAGACGGGGCCCGAUCUAGAGGUGUCUGAUCUUAAAGCGGAUUCCAAACAGCCUUUAGGUCAGACUUGUUCUCAGUCUUCAGAGGCUCUAGUAGAAUCCUCCCCAGAUGAUGAGCCAGCCACCAAACGACUAAAAAGCAAUGCUGAAGAAUCAGUCUCUGAGGAAACAGUGUGCCUUUCACAAGUGGAAGAUUCCAACACAGAGUUUCACCUGGAAGAGGCAGACAACAUGAGUGCCGAUUUAGCUGCAGAUGCUUCAGAGGGGAAGAACUUUCUGGAGGAGCUGAAGACUUCAGAGGUGGUGAGUUCUGCUGGUUCCUUGAAAGUGACAAUUCAGCAGAGCAGCGAGAGCCGGGCGAUCAGCACCACAGCCCUGAAGCCGUCUCACUGGACCUCUGAAACAGUCCCAGCUGAGACCAGCCCUGAGUCUGUCUUGAAAUUCUACUGCUACAUCUGCAAGACUGACUGCUGUAACCAACAGAAUUUCCAAGCUCACAUGGCCGGCGUUCAGCACCAGCAGCGGCUCCAAGACAUCCAGCACAUGAGCAAUGUCUGCUUUGUCUCCUUGCUGCCCAUGGUGAAGGAGCAGAGGCCUCUGGUUGAGAAAGAUGGGGACAAUCAACAGCGAUGGUGCAACACCUGUCAGACAAACUUCAUAGGUGAUCUGAUCAAACAUCGUCGGACUCAGGACCAUAAGCUUGCCAAACGCUCUCUUCGCCCGCUAUGCACUGUAUGCAGCCGCCACUUUAAGACCCCACGGAAGUUUGUGGAGCACAUGAAAUCCUUGGAGCAUAAACAGAAGGCCAAAGAGGUGAGGCUGGGAGAGAAGGAACAAGGUGGGCCAGAGGACUCUGAGGAACUUAUAACAGUCGAUGCAGUGGGCUGUUUUGAAGAAGAGGAAGAGGAAGAAGAGGAGGAGGAAGCAUCUGGUGAGGGGGAAGACUCUGAGUUGGAGCAGCUGAAGAACGAAGAGCAUCUAAGACAGGUUGGUCUGAAUGAAAUGUCACUGGUAGACAUUGAUGGCAAUGAGAAAUAUUGUGCAGAUACUGUCUAUGGCCCGGAUUUUCUGGUCCCCGUGGCAGGCUUCCUCUGCAGGUUGUGUCACAAAUUCUAUCAUAGCGACUCUGCCGGUCGGCUCGCGCACUGCAAGUCCCUGAUGCAUUUUGAGAACCUUCAGAGAUACAAAGCCACACGGCUCCAAGCCACAACCUUAGUUGUGGAGUCCCCUUUGCGUUCUCGGCAGGAGCCGCAUGAUGGACAAACAGCUGUUGCUGCUAAAAUGGUAGAUAAAACUGAAGCAGCCAGUACAAUAAAGGAAGCUACGGUCCAAGAAAAAAGUUGUGGGUCUCCAAGAGAGGAGCUUGCCUUUGCAGCACAGAGCACCUCCUCAGAAACGGAUGAUGUACGCAGCACCCUGGCCAUAGGAAGGGGAGAUGACAUGAGAAACAGGCUCUUGGCCGCUAGUGAGAUCUCCAUCCCAGCAAAGGGGGAUGUACUAGGACUCUGCAGACAGAAAAUGGAGCACUGCGGUGAAACUCCGCCAGAGGUGUCUGUGGACACAGUCUCGGGAGAUGAAAUGGAUUUUGAAGCCAAUGAUGGCCCAGAGGUUCAAGACCAAGACCAAGAACAAGAAAUAGAGUUGUCCUCCCUGGCCAGUACUGCCUCCGCUGUCAGGCGCUCUGCUAGACGUAGGGCCAGAUAAGAUGACUUUUGUAGGUGUGUUUUCUCUUUAGAUUUCUCUCCACUACCCACCCACCCCUGCCCCUGUCUUCUACUUUUACAGGAAGGAAAAAGGAUUGCUCUAGUUUUACUGCAGUUUUUUUGUUAAAUUAAAAUUGGGAAAAACAA